AUGGCUUCCAACAUGGAAAUCGUCGAGGAUGCCUCUCAACAACGGGGAAAGGUUCGCAUUGUAGCGAUCAUGACUGCUCUUUCGUUGUCUAUGUUUGUCGCUGCGCUUGACCAAUCUAUCAUGGCAACUGCUAUUCCUACCAUCGCGGCCAAAUUACAUUCUGCGGCUGGAUAUACCUGGAUUGGCGGCGCUUAUCUUCUCGCAAACGCUGCUGGGGCUUGUAUCUGGGCUAAACUCUCAGAUAUAUGGGGUCGCAAACUAAUUCUGUUAAUUGCCGUCGCUUGGUUUUUUAUCAGCUCGAUUAUUUGUGCUGUCGCUGUUAAUAUGGAGAUGUUAAUCGCCGGUCGUGCCUUGCAGGGUGUUGCGGGUGGAGGAUUACUACAGCUCGUCACAAUUAUCAUAUCUGAUCUAUUUAGUGUCCGACACCGAAGUCUCUAUCUUGGAGGAAUGGAGGUUAUGUGGGCGCUGGCUGGAGGUAUUGGGCCUCUUCUAGGAGGUGCAUUUUCAGAAUAUGUUAGUUGGAGAUGGAAUUUCUGGAUCAAUCUUCCCGUGUCGGGAGUUGCAUUCAUCCUCCUAUUCUUCUAUUUGGAUUUGCACAAUCCAAAGACGAAGAUGGUCGAGGGCAUUAAAGCAAUUGAUUGGUUCGGAAGUAUAUCGGUUCUAGGUCUGACGCUCAUGCUUCUCCUGGGCCUCGACUUUGGCGGCGAGACAUUUGCAUGGAGCUCGCCACAAGUGAUCUGUUUGAUUGUUUUUGGGUCUCUUUGCUCUUUGCUCUUCUUCUACAGCGAAAAGCGACUGGCAAAGUACCCGCUUAUGCCACUUGAUAUUUUUUCGCGCCUUUCGAAUGUUGCUACUCUUGCAGUGGGUUUUGCACAUGGAUUCGUCUUCAUCGCAGGAGAAUACUACAUGCCGCUCUAUCUACAAUCCGCAAAAGGAGCAUCGGCAAUGCGAUCUGGAGUCCUCAUCCUCCCUCUCAUCCUCGCCGAAGCCUUCGGAGGAAUCUUAACCGGCAUGAUCAUCCACCGCACAGGAAGAUAUCUCGAACUGAUCUGGUUCGGCCUAGUCCUAAUGACAAUCGGAAACGGACUAUUCAUCAACCUAAACGCUUACUCCUCCAUCGGAGAAAUAAUCGGCUACCAAAUCCUCAGCGGCUUUGGAGCCGGAUUCCUCUUUCAAACACCCAUCAUCGCAAUUCAAGCAAUGGUCUCGCAAGAUGACACAGCAACAGCUACCGCAACACUCGGUUUCAUCCGUAACAUGGCUACAGCUACUUCCAUCGUUAUUGGUGGCGUUGUGUUCCAAAAUAGCAUAGCCAAGACAAAGCCCCAACUUUUAGCAACGGGAAUGUCUGAGAGUUGGGCGGAGAAGAUGACUGGCGCCUCUGCUGCGGCUAAUAUUGAGUAUAUAAAGGAUAUUGAUAAUGCCGGACAGGUGCUUGCGGUGAAAGAGGCCUUUGCGUGGAGUAUGAGGAAUAUGUGGAUUCUGUAUACGUGUAUGUCUGUUUUGGGUCUUGUUUGUUCGGCUUUUAUUUUGAAGACUGCUUUGAAUAAGGAGCAUGUUGAGACUGUUACUGGAUUGAAGUCGGAGAAACAGCCGGUUCUGGACAGUGUGCACACUCUAGAGGGUGUAUAG